UCCUGGAGGACAGACAUGAUUUCCUCUCUGGUCCUCAUGCAGGACUGCACCUGUGAUGAUUUCUGUCCCGAGUGCUCUGUGGAGUUGACGAUGGACGUCCGAUGCACUGAAGACCAGACGCGUCAUGUCACCUCACGAGACCUUUUGUCCAAUAAUCCCAGAGUGAUCCCGGUAACUUCCAGGAGUCGAGACAAUGAUCCCAAUGACUAUGUGGAACAAGAUGACAUUAUACUGGUGAAGCUCCGUAAAGGUCAGGAGGUGCGGCUCAGGGCGUACGCAAAGAAAGGCUUCGGUAAGGAGCACGCCAAGUGGAACCCCACAGCGGGGGUGUCCUUCGAGUACGACCCCGACAACUCACUGAGGCACACAGUGUUCCCCCGGCCUGAGGAGUGGCCAAAGAGUGAAUACUCAGAGAUUGAGGAGGAUGAGGUGCAGGCUCCCUAUGACCCCAAUGGGAAGCCAGAGAGGUUCUUCUACAACGUGGAGUCAUGCGGCUCUCUGCGGCCGGAGACCAUCGUCAUGUCGGCGCUGGCUGUCCUGAAAAAGAAGCUGAGCGACCUGCAGACUCAGCUGAGCCACGAGAUCCAGAGCGACGUGCUCACCAUCAACUGAGGGCGCCCUGAGGGCCCCUCCCUCACAGAGAAGACCUGCAUUCACACAGCUAUAUAUUAAAAGGAGGACGGAUUCAGCGCUGUUCAGGUCACAUGUUCUUGGAUCUGUAUGUUAUCAAGGAAUAUGAGGACAUGUAUUCCUGAAAGUAGAGAUUGGAGCUUCUUAUGUCAAAGCAUCCAAUGCAUGGUCCGUCUCUGUCAGGGAGUUUGUGUCACAAUGAUACAAAUGUGAUUUUGUUGUUGGCAGUGUUACAGUGUUCGAUUAUGAUUUUGAUAAAUGUUACUUUUGAAAUAAAUGUGUUUUAGGAA